AUGGGCUCCAAAUACGGCGUCAUCGUCAUGGGCCCAGCAGGCGCCGGCAAGACCACCUUCUGCACCGCCCUCAUCCAAUUUCUGCGCAACAACCGGCGGUCCUGCUUCUACAUCAACCUCGACCCCGCCGCCGAAGACUUCGCCUACGAGCCAGACGUCGACAUCAAAGACCUGAUCUCGCUCGAAGACGUCAUGGAAGAACUCCACCUGGGACCGAACGGAGGCCUCAUAUACUGUUUCGAAUUCCUCAUGGAGAACCUCGACUUCCUGACCGAGCCGCUCGAGGAGGUCGGCGAGGAGUCCCUGAUCAUCAUCGACAUGCCGGGCCAGAUCGAACUGUACACGCACGUCCCUGUGAUCCCGCAGCUGAUCGCGCACCUCACCAAGGGCAGCACGAACGUGAGCAUGUGCGUGGCAUACCUCCUGGAGAGCACCUUCAUCGGCGACCGGGCCAAGUUCUUCUCGGGCACGCUCAGCGCCAUGAGUGCGAUGCUCAUGAUGGGCUUGCCGCAUGUGAACAUCCUGAGCAAGAUGGAUCAGGUCAAGGGUCAGGUGGCGAGGAAGGAACUCAAGCGGUUCAUCGAUCCGGACAUCGGGCUGAUGCAGGAUGCGGCGGACAGCGGGUUGGUGUAUGAGUGGAAGGAUGGGGUGGACAAUGGGGAUGAGGCGGCCAAGGAGGAGGAGAAGAGGGAUAUGAUGACGGGCGCAUCGUUCACGAAACUCAAUCGGGCGGUGGCACAGCUGAUUGAUGAGUUUAGUUUGGUGUCGUUUUUGAAAUUGGAUGCUCAGGAUGAGGACAGCGUGGGCGCGGUUUUGAGCUACAUCGACGACAGCAUUCAGUUUCACGAAGCGCAGGAACCGCGAGAGCCGAACGAUGAAAUCAUGGACGACGGUGAAUGA